CCAAAUUUCCCCCCUAAAACCCAAAAACGAAAAAAUCCCAAAUUUCCCCCUAAAAUGGAGGCACCAAAGACGAUUCAUCUUCUUUGACGAGAGUAGCAGUGUGAGGAAUGGGAAUUCAUCUUCUCAUUUGUUGAAACCUGAAUCCGGAGAGAUAUUGAAUUUUGGUGAGAGUAAGAGAAGUGGGAAUGGGAAUUUGUUCACAGGAAACUCUCCAGUUCUUCGUGGAGAAGAAGAAGAGGUCGCCUAAUUCAAGAGGGAGCAACGAAGAAGCUAUGCUUUCGUUUACUUCAAGUGUAAUUUUACCUUCAUCUGGUGUGGUGAAAUCAAGUGGGAAGUGUAGGAAAAAAGUAGUUGAAAGUUUUGGGUUUUGCUUUGUUGAUUUUCUUUUUGUUUCACAUUUUCCUACUGACCAAACAAAGGGUAAAGAUAGAAUGUUAUUUUCCUCAUUUUUCUUUUUGUUUUCUUUUUGUUUUGUUCUACAAUUUUCAAGUUAUUCUUGGGUCUCAUAGUUUUCUACUUUUACUCUUUUACUAAGAUUAAAUGCCAUCAGGAUUAUUGUUUCCUCUAAUAGAUCUAGCAUAUCAAUUUGAUUAAUGCUUCUUUGUUUCAGUACUUGAGAAGCUGUUAAAAGAUCAUGCUGGAAAAUAUGCCAUUGGAGAUGAAUUUUCCAUGGUUUCAUUCUCUCCUGUUUAUACAUGCCUUUGAAUUAAUGUGGUUUGAUUUUAUUUUUAUUUUUAUUUUUUUAGGGGGUGCUUCCUGCAGCAAUAUGUGAUUAAGAAAAUGUAAAUCAGGCAUCAUCUAGAUGCCAUUCUGCCCCUGAACUAUAUAUGCCUUUGGAUUUCAGAUGAAAUGAGUUAGCCAUAGAUCUAAGUUCUGUUUGACUUGGUUAAUAUCAUCUUCUGUUGCUUGUUAUGAAACCCUUUUAGAAGUUCACUCCUAAUGUACUGUAGAAUAAGAAAUAUCUGAAACUAUUUAUUUUGAAAUGUUCUGAAUAAUACAUAAAUAUGGCCUGUUGACUUUGUUUGCAAGCAGAUCUGUUUCUAGCACCACAGAUUCUGGCUGGGAUUGAACGAUUCAAUGUUGACAUGAAGGAAACAAGAAGAGCCUGGUUGAUGCUAUUGAGAAAGGGAUUGAUCUACGCAAACAAAUACUAGAACUGUAUAAUGAUUAUUACCAUGGCGGACUGAUGAAGUUAGUGGUAAUUGGUGGUGAGUCUUUGGAUAUACUUCAGCACUGGGUUGUUGAAUUAUUUUCUGAAAUCAGACAAGGUUCUCAAGGAAAGCCAGAGUUUAAGGUGGAAGGUCCUGUCUGGAAAGCUGGUAAACUUUACAGGUUAGAGGCAGUUAAGGAUGUCCAUAUCCUUGAAUUAAGGUGGGCACUGCCUUGUCUUUUGCAAGCGUAUCUGAAGAAACCAGAAGAUUAUCUGGCUCAUCUUCUUGGCCAUGAAUGAGAUACAUGCAUUUCUCUAUGUGGAUGGGUAACCUAUAUCUUUGAUUUGAGGCAUAGUUUGAUGACAGCAGAACUUAUUGCUGAAGUUAUACAGCCACGUUGUUUGCAUGCUGAUGACCAGUUUUGGCGUUUAAGAUUUCAGAAUUGAGAUGGAUUUCCAGCUUGGAGGAUGUAUAGAGCCUGGAGAAGGUUAUGAUAAAUAAUGUGCUUGUUGUUGCACUUAUAUUAAAUAUUGUACCCUUUUUUGCUAAAUUGUUGUCUUUUGAAAUAUUUUAAGAUUAAAGAACUAUACUAAAUGCGGUCACAAAACUUAUGUAAUUCUAAUAUAGAAUGUAAACAAUUUUCUUAUGUAAUUCUAAUAUAGAAUGCAUCUUGUUUUAA